UGUAUAACUCUGAUAUGUUCUGUUUGGUUUGUCGCAGCGAUCAUGGGAGAAUGUAUAACUCUGAUCUGUUCUGUUUGGUUUGUCGCAGCGAUCAUGGGAGAAGGUAUAACUCUGAUCUGUUCUGUUUGGUUUGUCGCAGCGAUCAUGGGAGAAGGUAUAACUCUGAUCUGUUCUGUUUGGUUUGUCGCAGCGAUCAUGGGAGAAUGUAUAACUCUGAUCUGUUCUGUUUGGUUUGUCGCAGCGAUCAUGGGAGAAUGUAUAACUCUGAUCUGUUCUCUUUGCUUUGUCGCAGCGAUCAUGGGAGAAGGUAUAACUCUGAUCUGUUCUGUUUGGUUUGUCGCAGCGAUCAUGGGAGAAUGUAUAACUCUGAUCUGUUCUCUUUGCUUUGUCGCAGCGAUCAUGGGAGAAGGUAUAACUCUGAUAUGUUCUGUUUGGUUUGUCGCAGAGAUCAUGGGAGAAUGUAUAACUCUGAUAUGUUCUGUUUGGUUUGUCGCAGCGAUCAUGGGAGAAGGUAUAACUCUGAUCUGUUCUGUUUGGUUUGUCGCAGCGAUCAUGGGAGAAUGUAUAACUCUGAUAUGUUCUGUUUGGUUUGUCGCAGCGAUCAUGGGAGAAGGUAUAACUCUGAUAUGUUCUGUUUGGUUUGUCGCAGCGAUCAUGGGAGAAUGUAUAACUCUGAUCUGUUCUCUUUGCUUUGUCGCAGCGAUCAUGGGAGAAGGUAUAACUCUUACCUGCACCUCCUGCGCAUCCUUCUCAUCAGUACCGUGGAUGAGAGCAGGCUGGUGUAAACAGGAAGCUCUGGGGAAACGGGAAUUCGGGUGGCCGAGCAGACUGAAACUCGACGUUAAUAUCAGGAGUCAAAAUAUAUAUCUUAAACAUCCCAACAUUUUAGAUUAUAUACCUAGUUGUAUCCACUUAUUAUUUAAAGAUGUUUGUAACAAUAAAUACUGUCCAUUAACAUAUUUAGCUAAAAUAACAAGUUAUUCAGAAAAAAAAAAACAAGAGUGAAACUCAUAACACUUUUUGUUGUCCUGCAGUCGCAGGAAGUUGCAUACGCUCUGUGAGUGGUUACGUGAGGUGUUGGUAGCGUGUGAUCCUCUGACUAGAACUUAAGGUUUAUUUUUUAAGAAUUAUUUUUGGCAGUUUGUAGUAGUAAAUAUUAAAUAGCAAUGAGCCGCAGUGGUUUUGGAGCCAUGUUGAGUAGGCUUUUGCUGCAGAACAGACACAGAAGUCGUGUGGGCAGCUUGACAGCACCGAGACCCUUCUCUUCUGAAAGUGACCCACAGAGUCGAGGCAGGACCAAACGGGCACUGGCUGGGGUUUGUGGAGGAGGGUUCUUUUACCACCAUUUUAUUUAUUUCAGUGUUAUAAUUGUGUCCUUUUGACCUGUAUCAACGAGUAGGAAACAUAUGAUCACUCGAGCUAAUACACUAUUUACAUCUAUGCCCGCUGAAGAUUGGUUUUAAGUAUAACAAUAAUUUAACUUUUUUAAUUCGUUUGACUGUAUUUCGUUAAGACCCUAACAGACUGUCAAAUCUGUGACCAAUCAAAUAUCACAUACCUGAAUGUGAAAGUCCAUUGGAGAGUCGACUUAGGAAGCUGAGACAAGAGACUGAGGACUGGAAUCAUCAGUUUUGGACCAAUCAGAACAUGUCUUUCAGUAAGGAGAAGGAAGGGUUUAUCUACUCUUGCUUGAAAGAAAAAGGCUUGGAACUGACAGAUGAAGAUGGUAGAUAAAGGACCUUGAGUGCAGACGAGAUGGCAGAGUUUUGCAAUGAGUUUCUGAACAAGAACCACCAAAAACAUUCUGCCUACAACAAGGAAUGGUAUAAGGGUAGUCUUACCAUCACAUUUCUAAUGGGAAGAGUGGCCUUACUGAAAGCUUGGAGAAAGCUGGGAUGGAGACAACAAGACCAUAAAUUAAAAUUAUGGUUAUCGUUAAAUAAAAGAUGUACUAGAUCUGUUUCUUUUUUUAUAUUUCAUUUCAGUGUGUAAUUGUAUAUUUUAUUACAGAAUUGUACUGACAGCUGAUUGCCUCAGCUAUUGAAGGCAAUUGCUUGUCAGGUUUAGGGGAAACUACAGUAUGCUUGGGAUGUUUCUGGUGUUCUGUUCUCAAGGUGCUUUUCAUGAGGGCUUGUGGUCCUGUUAGCUAAUCACACCGUGGAUAAUGUUUGAACAUAGUUUUAUAUAUACUUUAACUUUUGCUUCAGAAUUUGCAUCCUCCAGGUACUAAUAUAUAUAAACAAACUUUAUUAGGUUUGUACAAAACAGGUGUUGAAUGCUAGUGUAUCCCUGCAUUAAUUUAAUCUUCCCUUGUAUUGCAUUUCAGUAAUCCCCUUCUUUCUAGCACAUAUGAAAAUCUCCUAUUGUUCCUCUAAAAUCCUUUUUUAUUUUCUCCUUGCACCCGUCUGUAAGGAAGCAUUAUACAAUUGGGAGACAAUGAAAAUAAAAUAAUUCAGGUUAAAUUCCUCUUGUUCAUAUUUCAAACAGGGAAAACUUUAUAAUGUUUGGAGACGUUAGCCCUGGCCUAAGGAAGUGCAAACGUAGUUCAGUUUCCUGUACAGUGCUCUGAUGCUGUCUCUCUUCCUUGGACCUGCUUUGUUCAAGCUGUGAUCUGGAAUGUCCGGAGCUGCUUGCUGGACACCCCUAAAAUAUUAUUUAACCUUUAAGCUUUUGCCAGUCAAGGUCACAAGACAAAUGCAUACCAGUAAAAAAUAAAAGUAAUUAAAAGUUUGGAAAUGACAUAUUGUGGAAUUUUUUUCAGAACAAAUCACAAAAAUGUGUUUUGCUAUCAGUAAGAUAAAUAUAUCUCCCAGGACCAGAGUCACGCAGUGUCAAUUAGUAAGCCUAUAAAGCAGGCUUGUCCUACAAGUGAAAGAGCUUUUGUUUUAAAAGAGAUCCUGUUGUCGAGCACUUUCACCGAAACAUUGUUUGACAAAUCUCAACA